GAGACUGCAACUCAGUCCAUUGUUGGACCAACACCACCGCCUUCGUCAUUUUCGUUGGUCACCACGGCAAGGCCUUGGACGAAUGCCGCUGACAAUGAGGAGGAACCGUCCAUGGACCUUUUUAAGUCCAUCUUCGCGUCUGAUGAGGAACUCGAUGCCUCUGAUGUCGAGGAGUCGGUACCGGAGCCAGAGCAGCCAUCGUCGUCACCCCACCCAGAAACACGGCAGGAAGUGCAGUCUCUUGUUUUAGACUCCGAGCCGAGAGAUAUGGAGGACAACCUGUGCGACCUUCCUGGAGAAUCUGUUCCCGCGGAUGAACCAGAGCCCUCGGUGGACUCCUCUGUUCACCAGAUUUUUAAGCACCUCUUUAAUCCGCGACUUGACUCGGGGCCUUUGGAGUCAACGGUCAUAAAGGGCUCCUAA